AUGGCGUUCAUCGGAGAGGUCAACCGAAUAUCCUCCUGGCUCGGGUCAUUCUUGGUAAGUCAAUCCCAGAGCCGUGUGGUGACCUAUGCAGCCGAGGGUCAGGUCAGGGCCUCAUCGGGUUACCUGGCAAGGCAGACGCGCUAUAUGGCGACUGCAGAGGCGACGGAGACUGACCCAGUGCCGUCGACAUCCCGAGGGACUGAUCUUCGAGGGGUUUCAUCUUCCUCCUCGAAUUCUUCCUCCUCCUCCUCACACCUCUCGGCCUUGAGGUACCUAAGGGGUGGGGGGGGAAAGCCUACUCCUUCCCCCUCCCCCACACCGCCACAGCCCCCCCCAGAGCAGGUAGAGGAGGAGGAGGAAGGGUCUACUUUAACAUGGAGCCCCCUGCCAAAACGGAAUGAAAAAAUGAAGGUUACAGAGAAAUUGUGUGUGGCGCUGCUGUGUGGGGGCCGGGAGGGGGCGGAGGGGGGUAGCGGGGAGAAGGGGGCACUAGAGAACCCCACCCAUCCUCGACCAGUCACCCCCAACCCGCCACAACCCCACAACACAACGCCAAAGCCACAAGUCCGCAGGAAAUGGCCAUACUGUACAUUAGCUAUUGAACCUCCUCGCUCUCCAUCACUCUCUCCUCCUCUCUCCCCAACCCCACACCUCUUACGGCCAUGUACCAACCCCAGGGACACCCCAACGCAUCACCCCAACCCCACACACCCCCUCCUACCCCCAGCACCAGCCAGAGAUUUGACAUUAGAAUCUUUACAUGAUUUGGAGUGGCUUUCAGAAAUGGACCCAAGUGAACAGGCGGUGUUGGAAGUCCAUGUUAUUUGGUCUAUUCUCUCUCUAAUGGUGGUGUUGCUGGCCUGCUACAGCCUACACCACCACCCCCCCCUCACUGGCUAGGCCUUGGGGGGUAGGGGUGUCUGUCUGAGUGUCUGUGUGUCUGUCUGUGUGUGUGUUUGUGUGAAUUUUUGGCAUGUUUUCCCAGCUCAAAUUGUCAAUCUGGUGUGUGUUUCUGUCUGUCUCUCUCUCUCUCUCUCUCUCUCUCUCUCUCUCUCUCUCUCUCUCUCUCUCUCUCUCUCUCUCUCUCUCUCUCUCUCUCUCUCUCUCUCUCUCUCUCUCUCCUCAAAUCAAAAAUCUAUAAAUAUCUUGAUUUUGUAUGAGAGA